UAGAUAUUAUCUAUCUUCGUUAAUAAUAUCGACGCGGUUAAUUGAUUCUCUCUCUCUGGAAGCAAAAGAAAACAAAAAGACAUGGAUUCGUUCUCGUCCUUCUUCGAUUCUCAGCCAGGCAGCAGAAGCUGGAGCUAUGAUUCUCUCAAGAACCUCCAUCAGAUCUCCCCGUCCGUCCAGAAUCAUCUCAAGCGGGUUUAUCUCACUUUAUGCUGUGCCCUUGUUGCGUCUGCCUUUGGAGCUUACCUCCACGUGCUCUGGAACAUCGGUGGUAUUCUCACAACCAUUGCAUGUUGUGGAACCAUGAUUUGGCUUCUCUCAUGCCCUCCUUAUGAACAACAAAAGAGGCUCUCACUUCUCUUCAUGUCUGCCGUUCUUGAAGGUGCCUCUGUUGGCCCCUUGAUCAAAGUGGCUGUUGAUUUUGACCCAAGCAUCCUUAUCACUGCGUUUGUCGGAACUGCGAUAGCGUUUAUCUGUUUCUCAGGAGCAGCGAUGCUGGCAAGACGCAGAGAGUAUCUCUACCUCGGAGGACUUCUCUCUUCUGGCUUGUCCAUGCUUAUGUGGCUUCAGUUUGCUUCUUCCAUCUUUGGUGGCUCUGCGUCCAUCUUUAAGUUCGAGCUCUACUUUGGACUCUUGAUCUUUGUGGGAUACAUGGUGGUGGACACACAAGAGAUUAUAGAGAAAGCACACCUAGGGGACAUGGACUAUGUGAAACAUGCAUUGACCCUUUUCACCGAUUUUGUGGCUGUGUUUGUCCGUGUUCUCAUCAUAAUGCUGAAGAACUCGGCAGAUAAAGAGGAGAAGAAGAAGAAGAGGAGAAACUGAAACUAAAAGUGACAAGGAAAGCUAAUAAGAGUGGGUGUUUUAAAUAACAUGAAAGCGUUGGUGUUUUUACGUGUUAGGACGUACUUUUGGUUUGCGUAUGCCUCUUAUCGCACGCGAUUGUAAAUGGAUCAAGUAGUUUUCGUUUUUAUCUCGACUCUCGUUCACUUUCGUAUUGUUCGAAGUGUUUCCUCUACUGUUUAAUCACUUUGAGAUGAGAAUUAGCAGGGUAAUAAUUAAGUAAUUGGACCAUUUUCGUAA